ACACCACUUCCCAUCAUUUCCCGCCAAAAAAGGAAACCCUCGUCCUCACCAAACCCUAGCUCGUCGGAGACGAGGUCUCCGGCGAUGGCGGUGCCGGCGCAGACGCCGUUCAAAACGGGAGAUGAGGUGGAAGUCAGCAGCGACGAGGAUGGCUUCCGUGGCGCGUGGUAUGAGGCCUGCGUCGCUCGUUUCAUGCCUAAGCUCUCUCGCUACACCAUCGACUACAGUACUAUCGUCGUCGACGCUCAGGACUGCCGUCCCCUCCGCGAGACCGUGCCUGCUUCCCACGUUCGGCCCAGGCCACCACGCCUCCGGUCCCCGCGAGGCCAGCGGUUGGCGAUCCACCAGCCCGUCGAUGCAUACCACAACGAUGGCUGGUGGACUGGUGUUCUCUCUGAUAUACAAGGGGACAAGUACACUGUCUGCUUUCCGAUCACUCGAGAGACAAUCGUGUUCCGUGCGCCGGAGGUCAGGGCUCAUCUCGAGUGGAUUAAUGGCCGAUGGGUCGUCCCAGAUCCGAAGGGAACAACUGAAGCCAUGUUUCCGGUUGGAACUCAAGUAGAAGUUGCUCGAAUUGAACAAAAUAUACCUGUGGCUUGGUUCCCUGCGAUCAUUGUCAAGACAAUCUGGAAUAGUUAUUUUCAGCUAGAAUAUUAUGCUAAAGAACUGCAGAGAGAGAUUGUUGGUUCUCAGCACAUCAGGCCUCCACCUCCCCAAACAUUGGACAUUAAAGAUUUUUGCAAAUUUGAUGAGGUUGAAGCUUUUUAUUGCAAUGGCUGGUGGUCAGGGGUGAUAUCUCUGAUUGGUGAUGGACCUGUUUAUCAUGUCAAGUCCAAGCACUGGGUAGAGGAUAUAAAAUUUAGUCGUACAGAAUUGAGGCUUCGCUAUGAUUGGGUUGAUGGGCGAUGGUUACGACUGACAAGGAGAAUGAAAACCACGGAGCUUAGAGAAGGAAUGUUGGCGGAGGUCAGCAGUGAUGAUGAAGGUUUCCGUGGGGCGUGGUUUACUGCAACUAUACUCGAAUUGAUAGGCAGGAACAAGUUCCUUGUGGAGUAUAAAGACUUGAAAACAGAUGACGAAACUGAGUUUUUGAAGGAAAUUGUGGAAUCUCUGCACAUUAGACCCACUCCUCCAGAAACCCCGGUGCCUGAGAAGUUCAACUUGCUUGAAGAAGUUGAUGCCUUCCAUAAUGAUGGGUGGUGGGUAGGAGUUAUUUCGAAGGUUCUUGGAGGUUCAAAGUACAUGGUUUACUUCAGACCUUUUAAGGAGGAGCUGGAAUUUGAGCAAAAGGAGCUGAGGCUUCACUAUGACUGGAUAGAUGGAAGAUGGCUAAGAGCUUCACAGGCACUUGGAUUGUAGAUGUGGGACUUGCAUGUGUUUGUGUUUGUGUAUCUGGUCACAACAGGAGUUGUUUGGUCAAUCGCAGUGAUAUUCACCAACCAAAGGGAUGAUAAAAUGUAACAAGUUUCAACAGUGUGAGAUCUGUAAACAUUUUCCAUCCGUUUUUGUAUAACGGACCAGUGCAUGACCAUAAAUGAACAUGUUUGGUUGUAAUUAAUGAUUAGAAUUUCAUCCAGUAGAUCAUACUAGCACCCUAUUUUAAUCCUUUGACUUUUAACCAAAUUGAGAUAUAUCUCUGGCUAAUGGUUUCAAACUGAUACACUAGUGUCAUAGAUCUUAACUUCCCAGGAUGCAGGUUUUGAAAGCCAAAGACAGUGGAGAAACCAACAAAGUUCAACUUAGGAAAGCAUGACAUGUAACAAAGUAUGAGAUGAAAUUCUACUGCUAAUAGUACC